UGGGGGGAAAAAAGAAACAUUCAGAUGUCUGACAUUAAAAAAGAUGAUGUGCAGAAGCAUCCAAUCUUUCACAAAGACCCCGAACAGUGGAUGCAGUACAUCAAUAAAGAAGUUUCAGUUGUGACAGAAGAUGGAUCGGAGUGGUCAGGAUGGGUAUAUACAAUAGACCCUGUCUCAGAAAGCAUUGUUCUAUUCAUGUUUGAAGAAGAUAGAACCAAACUAGAGAUAGUUAUGGGCCAUGCUAUCAGAACAAUUGAUAUUCUCAACAGUGAGACACAGACUCACAAAGAUAAGUUAGACCAACUCUUCAGAACGUUUGAACAGGAAAGUUUCACAGAGGAAGAGAUAGAAAGACGAAGACAUGUUCUUAAAUUAUGGCUUGUGAAGAAUCUUCUUCCAGUCACUGCUACAGGAAACAAUGGUGAAGUUCUGUCCAUAUCUGAUGCUGUAUUCAUUGAGCCUCCAUAUGGACCCGACAACUGUCGUAGUACCAAUGAGAUCAUUCUUGGAAGGAUUCAGGGCCUUAUCAAGAACAUGCCAGCAGACCAUGAAAACUGGUGACUUUUUAAUCAUUAUUUUCACAAGCACCAGAUUUUGUAGCUGUCUUACUUGAUAAUAAAAUAAAACAUUUUUCUCUAAUUCA